AUGUUCAGAGCAAAGGGCAGCACCAGGGCAGUUGGCGGUCGUCCUCAACGGCUGAGGCCCGAUGCUGAGGAAGCGGGAUCCUCGGCUGAAGCUCAACGCGAUUCUGAAGAGGUGCCGUUUGUUGAGGAUGAGCGGACAUGGAUACGGUGGCCUGUCUCACUCUUUGUGGUUCUGAUUUACCGGCCAAUUUGGAAGCCUUUCUGCGCCGUCUUGUCGAGUCCUGCGUCUUUGCUGUUGGUUUUGGUUCUCUUCCUUUUCGCUGCUGUUCCAUUUAUGAUUAUUUCUGGGUUCUUAUCUGCUGUUUUUGGUCUCCGGAGUGUCCAAGGUUCCACCAGAGAAGAGGACAAGGCAGCGAUGCAAGGAAGAGCUACUGAAAUAGUAGCUCCUAUCUAUUGA